CCGAAACAAAGUCUCUCACAAGUAGCUAUCAAAAACAAAGGGAAAGAGAGUUUGCUUGGGGCUUUGCUCACCAUCAUCCUCUUGCCUUGAAAAACUACUUCCGUGUCUCCCUCUCUGUCUACACACAAUCACACUCUUCUAUCCUUCCUUUAUAUAUAUAUAUAUAUAUUAUCUAUAUACACUCUUAACUCCAUUCACUCGUGUUGGUCUCUACACAAAGAGAGAACAAGCAAUAUGGAGAAUGGUGAGAAAGCAGUGGAGACGGUUGUUGUUGGGAACUAUGUGGAGAUGGAGAGUGAAGGGAAAGCUUCGGACAUGAAAUCUAAACUUUCCAACAUGUUUUGGCAUGGUGGCUCUGUCUAUGAUGCUUGGUUCAGCUGCGCUUCCAACCAGGUGGCGCAAGUGCUAUUGACGCUUCCAUACUCAUUUUCACAGCUGGGGAUGCUCUCAGGGAUUCUGUUUCAGCUCUUCUAUGGCCUACUGGGUAGCUGGACUGCUUAUCUCAUCAGCAUUCUCUACGUUGAGUACAGAACCAGAAAAGAGAGAGAGAAAGUUAACUUCAGAAACCAUGUCAUUCAAUGGUUUGAGGUUCUUGAUGGAUUGCUUGGGAAGCACUGGAGGAAUGUUGGGUUAGCAUUCAACUGCACCUUCCUUCUCUUUGGAUCUGUCAUUCAACUCAUAGCAUGCGCCAGCAAUAUAUAUUACAUAAAUGAUAACCUGGACAAGAGGACAUGGACAUACAUAUUUGGAGCAUGUUGUGCAACCACAGUAUUCAUUCCUUCCUUCCACAACUACAGGAUCUGGUCUUUUCUUGGACUGUUGAUGACCACUUACACUGCUUGGUACCUCACCAUUGCAUCCAUCCUCCAUGGUCAGGUAGAAGGAGUGAAGCAUUCGGGACCAAGCAAGCUGGUAUUAUACUUCACAGGGGCCACAAACAUUCUUUACACAUUCGGUGGACAUGCUGUUACAGUAGAAAUAAUGCAUGCCAUGUGGAAGCCGCAGAAGUUCAAGUCGAUAUACCUGUUUGCGACUCUUUACGUUCUGACGCUGACGCUGCCUUCAGCGUCUGCGGUUUACUGGGCGUUUGGCGAUUUGCUUCUAAACCAUUCAAACGCAUUCGCUCUCCUCCCAAAGAACCUUUACCGUGAUUUUGCAGUGGUGCUCAUGCUCAUCCACCAGUUCAUCACCUUCGGGUUUGCAUGCACGCCUCUCUACUUCGUGUGGGAGAAGCUGAUAGGGAUGCAUGAGUGCCGGAGCAUGUGUAAGAGAGCCGCCGUGAGGCUUCCCGUGGUUAUACCCAUCUGGUUUCUGGCAAUCGUAUUCCCUUUCUUCGGUCCCAUCAACUCAACUGUGGGAUCUCUCCUCGUUAGCUUCACCGUCUACAUCAUCCCUGCGCUGGCUCACGUCUUCACGUUCCGGUCAGCAGCCUCACGGGAGAACGCCGUGGAGCAGCCGCCGAGGUUUCUAGGGAGGUGGACAGGGGCGUUCACCAUCAACGCAUUCAUUGUGGUGUGGGUGUUCGUUGUUGGAUUCGGGUUCGGUGGUUGGGCCAGUAUGAUCAAUUUUGUUCACCAGAUAGACACAUUCGGCCUCUUCACAAAAUGUUACCAGUGUCCACCGCCGGUAAUGGCAUCGCCUCCUCCGAUCAGCCAUCGACCUCACGUCAACCACACACGUGGCCUUUGAAUCUUAAGCAACUAAUAAAAAGCGUAUUACACCGUUCACAAAAUUUUCGUUCGUUUCUUUAGUAGAUCUGUAUACCAAAGCACUAGUGUGUUUUUGGGUUGCGUUAUGGUUGUCAAUUUUUAUUAUCUUUUGGACGUUGAAAAAGAAAAAAAGACAAACUUAAGGAAUAAACAAGUGUUGUGUAGUCUUGGUAAAGGACAAAUGAACAGCACAACCGAACUUUGGAGAGAUACAACCAAAAUUACAACGAUUCGAAACUUAUGAUUGAUUAAACUUUUAACUGAAAUUAAAAUGCAGCAACGCUUGGAAUAUAAUAGAGGAGAUAGAAAAACAAACACCAUAACAACGAUUCGAAACUUAUGAUUGAUAAAACAUGCAAAUACGAAUCCAGCUUCUUACGCAUAACAAACACCAUAACAACAUGUCCUAAUAAACCGAAAAAAAAACCGAGGAGAUAGAAAAACAAAAGAAGAUAAGA